AUGACAAAGUCUGAUGAGAUUAUACCUCCUGAAUUCACUGAUCAUGUUCAUCCCUGGGAAGAGAUUCGUCAUUUUGUGUUAACCAACCAAAUCACGUCGCUUCGUCGUAAUAAAGCUGAUCAGAAGAUAUACCGUGAUUGGAUGACAGAAACUCUCCCAAAGUACAAAACCAUUGAGAAUUACUUGCUUACGGAGAAACUGAAAUUCUCGGAUUCUGUUGAUGGGAAGCCUAAUGUUAUUAUCUUGCCAAAUGACUUUCCGUAUUCUGUGGAUCCUGGUAUCAAGCACGUCUUGUUGUGGUCCCAGGUACCUUUAAGUAAAGAAUAUGUAAUUCAGUUACUGGAAGAAAACUUUGGAAGCGAUAAGUGGGAAUGGGUUUAUUUUGUAAACCCCCCAGAAACCCAAAGUGUUCGAUUACUGCCCCACGUCCAUGUAUUUAUGCGGCCCCACACCCACACCCACACCUAG